AGAAAACUAAAGGAAGUCUUAUUAUUCCUCAACCUUUGAACAUGUUUUGCACGAGUCAUCUUGCAUUGCUAGUACGAACCAAACAGGUUUAUCAGGCGAUGCACGAGAAAUCCUCGGCCUCUCCUAUUUGAACCAUCCUUUAGGAUACAUCUGAAACUCCAAAUUUUGAACCUUGAAGGCAUUUCUACACGUUAUUCAGCGCAGUAUAGGUACGUCAAUGAGUUCGCCUCGUAUUUUGGUUCUUGGUUAUUCAUUUGUACGGCGCUUACAUCAGCUUGUGUUACGUAUUGAUGCUUACAUUGAUGAGAAUUUUAGCCUAUCUGAACCAGUCAUUUUGCAGUGCCUCGAGACACGGGGACGUACAAUUAAAUGGGGAUGUACUCUUAAAUCGGCCCGCCCCAGACAACCCACAAGAUCUUCCACCAUCCGACACAACUCUCUAUCUCAACUGCCACAAGCCUAGCAAGUCUAAGAUACAAGGAGCGAUAGUGUCUUUAAAGAAUGGUAAGGCAGCAGGAUCAGAUGGUGUUCCGGCGAAGGCAAUGAAGGUUGAUAUGGAGACAUCAGUAGACAUGCCCAAUCGGCUAAGUUGCCUGGAUAUGGGAGGAGAAAAAGCAUUCCAGGGGAGUGGAGCGAGGACGUUAUUGUAAAAGCUCCCGAGAAAGGGAUCUGGGAGAUUGUAACACUCACAGAGGCAUCAGAGUACUGUUGUUGCGCUGCGAGUUUUUAAAUACCGGACCUAUUUUAUGUUAUUUAUUGCGGGCGACAAUAGGAGCACGCAAGCAUAAUCUUGACGAGAAAACGCCAAGGGGCCUGGGCCCGCGGAAUACGAGAGACUCUGACCUUUUCUGAGUUUUCAACUUUCAUCUACCCUGGGUGCCAGAGGCCGUGUGGGGCACCCAGGGUAACUUUCAUCUGGAAUGUCAAGAAUCCGAGGAAUGCAGACUUACAAGAUUAGGCCAGUGCUCAAACAGGUUUUCACGCGUACGUGAGGGAAUUCGAUCCGCAGGGAUAACAUUCCUUUGCAGGCCAACCAAAUCACUAAAUACUCACUUGCAUAUAUUAAUAGCUACUCAAGCCUCUCAAAUAAAUUAAGAAUAUCUUCCACUAAUGUUCUACGCCAGCACUUCCCAACCUGAGGUUGCCCCUAGUAUAUUUUUUAAUGUAUUUCGCGUUUUAGAAUAUUCCGCCAUUCCGCGUUUUAGAAUAUUYCACCAUUCCGCGUUUUAGAAGGUUCCGCCAUUCCACGCUUUAGAAUAUUYCACCAUUCCACGUUUUAGAAUAUUMCRCCAUUCCGCGUUUUAGAAUGUUCCGCCAUUCCGCGCUUUAGAAUGUUCCGCCAUUCCGCGCUUUAGAAUAUUCCACCAUUCCGCGCUUUAGAAUAUUCCACCAUUCCACGCUUUAGAAUAUUCCACCAUUCCACGCUUUAGAAUAUUACGCCAUUCCACGCUUUAGAAUGUUCCGCCAUUCCACUGUUCCCGUUGUAGGGUCGCCCCCAGAUCACGAGAUUGAAAUCGAAGCUGAUGUUUAUUUACGGUCAACCGUACCAAAGUGGCUACUAGCUAAAGCGUCCUCUAUUAUUGCCGUGUUCACUUGUGCUGGGUCCUUGAUUCCAACAUACUCCUGCAUGAGCAGGGCUGGGACAAUCUAAUUUGCAGAUGAGUUUAUCGUAAAGCAGGAUUGAAUCUCAAGACCUCAGCCUCGUCAUUCAGUUCACAUAAUGGAACGAGUCAUUUUACUUUAUUUUGCUGCUGUUACACUGGUUUGUGGUCGACCAGACUUAGACAAUCCAACUUCAUCUAUGUCGACGAGAAGUAAUGAUAAUAAAUCUCCAACACCCAAACGGGAAACCCCCGAUAAGGUGACCCUCCAACCUGAUAUUCCUACCACAUUUCCUGUAAAAUCUGGUUGUUUCUCAUCGGGAAAGUGGUAUCCACCCGGUUCGGAGAUUUCUCGUGGUUUUGAUGGAAAGUCUUGGUGUUACGGUACCUACUGUGACCAAUUUGGUCAAGUCUUGGUAUGGGAUAACUUCCAUUGCAGUACAACAACAACCUACUUCCCAACAACAACACCCACACCCACAACAGCCGCACCCACAACAACCAUACCCACUACUCCUCCAGGGUGUUAUUAUAAUGGUAGAUGGUUCCCUCCUGGCAGCGAGAUAUCCCGUGGCUCAACGUAUGGGUGGUGCUAUGGGACGUAUUGUGAUGCCCAGGGCAGUAUUGUCSCAUGGGAUGAUUGGAGCUGUAGUACAACAGCUCGACCAACUACGAUCCCCUCAACACCGUCCUACCCUACCACAGAACCUCCGCGUGGUUGUAACUUCCAAGGGCGGUCUUAUAAUUUGGGAAGCGAGAUUUCCCAGUAUACUGGGAAUAGUGGUGAAAGAUGUCACGGAAGAAGAUGUAGCGAUGAUGGGCAGAUCAUCACAUGGCUUGGUUUUAAUUGCCAGUCUGGAAGUAAGCAAAGAGAUGGUUGCUGGUACAGAGGCCAUUUAUAUCGUCAUGGCAUGGACAUUUUCCGCAAACAGCCCUCACUAGUAAGGUGCUUCAAAGGAAGCUGUGAAAAGAAUGCCGCCCUCAUAAAGUGGAAACCACUCAGYUGUAAAGAAGAAAGGCCGUUUUUGGCAGGACAGCGGCACAUGUGCUCGUAUCGUGGUAAGUGGUACCCAAGAGGAAGCAUCAUCUACAGCAGGUCCCUGUACAAAACUCAUGGAUUUGGGUGGUGCGUGGGGGCCAAGUGUGGAAGGAACAGGAGAAUCACAACAUGGGGACCACUCUGGCUCCCUGGGUAUUGCUAAACACGGUUAUCACGUUAUUGAUGGUUUUCAACCAUUCCCAAGAGAAUUAAAUAGCAAAAGACACGGCGGCCAUGUUGGAGGAUGUAACAAAAGAAUUCAUUGACAAUUCUUUUGUUAAGUUCCUCCAACAUGGCCGCCUCGAAAACCAUCAAUAAUGAGCAUUUUUCGUAUGAGUGUGACUUCGAAGAACCGAGCAUUAUCUUGCAUAACUGCGUAAGUAACUCUUGCACUUCCGCGGUCCGUUUUCAUAGUCAUACCAAAUAUGUUCAGUUUAAUACCUGUAAUCAAAGCUUGUAUGUAAUCGAUGUAUUGCUAGUCAUACUCUAGAGAAUGCAAUAACAAAAGACAUGGCGGCCAUGUUGGCUGAUACAACACGGGGCUAACGGUGAAUUUUCUGUUAUAUUCAAGCAAGAUGGCGGCUAUGAAAACCAACAAAAUAAUAUGAAACUAAAACUCCUUUAUAAAUGAAAACAUUGGUUUCUGAAAGCAUUCAUGUCGCUGACACAUGAAGGCGUAGAUUUUUCUAUCACAUACAAUCAUAAGCCUUCCCUGGGUUACAGAGGUUUUAUUUCGCUUUCUGUGGUUGUAACAAGCGGCUUCACGUCAAAACAGCAAACGCUAGGGCGAGAAUAAAUAACCUCUGGAUCACUAAGAAUUUUAACGUUAAUUUUAAUGCAACAGUGUCAUAUAACAUUUAUUUUAGUUUUUGAAAAAGGUAACAAUUUUCCAAUAAAACUGGGAUAUUUUGCUUUCGCUU